AUGUGCGUUACUCUGGGUCGGCUUGCGGCGCUCUGCGCGCGGUCGCGGCGCCGGCGGCUCGCGCGGGGCCUUGGCGCGUGGCGGCGGCGCUGGGAGGCGCUCCACCGCGGCGCGGCGCCGGCGCUCGGCCGCUGGUGGAAGGCGCGCGUCGCCGACGUCGAGGGCCCCGCGGCCGCGGCGGACGUCUUCGUGGACCUCGUGUGGCUGCUGCACCACCUCUUCUACAGCAAGGCGAAGCGGCCGGCGCUGGAGGGCUUCGACGACGUGCUCUGGGUGCUCCGCCUGGGCCUGAAGGCGCCGGCCGCGGGGCCGCUCGCGCCCGCGCGGCGCCUCGCGCUCGAGGCGCUCUUCUCGCUCGCCGCGGAGCCGCCGAGCUCGCCCGACGGGUCGAAGCGCGCGGCGCGCGGCGCCUUCGCGACGCUGGGCGUGACGGCGACGCUCGUGGACACGGUCGCGCGCGAGAAGGACGCGACGCUGCGCGCGCUGGCCGUCGACGCGCUCGCGGAGCUCUGCGACGACGACGACGACGCGGCCGCCGCCGUCGCCGUCGCCGGGGCGCUGCUCCGGCGGGGUCUGGCGGCCGUCGACGACGGCGGCGCCCUGGUCUGCGCCGCGGACCCGGGGGGCCACCUCGCGGCGUGCGCGGCCCGCGCGACGGCCGACGCGCGCGCGCGCCCGGGCCUCCACGCGCUCGUGCUCGUCGUCAGCGAACGGUGCGGCGAGAAGCCCGGCGCGGCGCCCUACACGAAGGAGCUCAACGCGCAGGCGCAGCGUCUCGUGGACGAGGUGACCGUCGCGACGUCCGGCGAACGGCGGUCGGACCGCGAGAGCUGGGCGCGCCUCGAGCGCUGCGGCGCGCUGGAGGCGCUCCUCCGUCUCGUGGCCCCGGAGAUCUUCUUCGCCUGGGUCGACGCCGGCGCCGACUUCGAGGCCCACUUCAAGCUGCUCAUGUCCGCGACGAUCGUCUUCCAGGACUACACCGCGUGCCUCGGCGCGCGCGCGGACCUGGCGGCGCCGCCGGACCUGUCGGCCCACGUCGCCGCGCUCGCCGACGCCUGCGCCGAGGUCGUCGACCUGGACACGAAGGAGAC